GAUUUUUCGAAAUUUCUAUACAAAUUCUCUCUCCCCUUAGUUUCCUGUGUCAAAGGAAAUGGGAGACUAGUCUACCCGAAAAGAAGGGGAAACGAAAAAAAGAAAGAGGAAACGUGAGACUAUUUCUAUUUAAGGGAUGAAAUGAUGGAAUUGGUUCCAUCCCAACACAACAUUUCAUCUUCGUUCUUACUGACGAGACAAUAUGAGGAGAGAUGUUUGGGUCUUCCUCUUCCUCAGCUUCCUCUCUUUCUUCAUCUCACGCCAUUCAAUAAUAAUAGUUGUUGCUGUUGCUGUUGUUGUUCCCACCAGCAAUGCAUCAUCCCCUUAUUCAUCCCAACACCCAAACCAUGCCAGUGAGUGCAAUGCCCUGCUCCAGUUCAGUCAAUCAUUUACCAGCUCAAGGGAUGCCUCUGCACUUUACUGCGACAUUCUCCAUUCGACCAACACUUCAUAUCCGAAGACCGCCUUGUGGCAGAAGGGCACUGAUUGCUGCUCAUGGGAUGGGGUCGCAUGCCACAUGUCAAAAGACUACGUGAUCGGCUUCGACCUCAGUUGCAGUUGGCUUCGGGGAGCUCUCCAUUCCAACAGCACUCUCUUCUCGCUCCGGAAUCUUCAGCGGCUGAAUCUCGCUGGUAACAAUUUCGCUGGCUCACAAAUUUCAUCGAGGUUUGGUAUACUUACACGAUUGGCACAUCUCAAUCUCUCUUGUUCUUCCUUCUCGGGGAUCAUUCCUCUAGAGAUGAUCUCUCGCCUUUCCAGCCUAAUUUCACUUGAUAUCUCAGUCAGCUCCUACAGUGGAAAUUUGACAAUGGAAGAGGAUCGUAGUUUCAGAAGGUUUAUUAGUAAUCUCACUCAGCUGAGAGAACUUGCUCUUGAUAGAGUAGACAUGUCUAGAAUUUCUCUUACCUCCUUCACGAAUCUCUCUUCCACUCUGACUUCUUUGAGUCUUGUUGGCUGCUCUCUGCAAGGGACAUUCCCGAUUAACAUCUUCCAUCUCCCAAACCUCGGCAUUCUCUCUCUUUCUAGUAAUAAUGAUCUCACGGGCACUCUCCCUCAAACAAAUUGGAGUAGUAGCCCACUCGUCCUCUUGAGUCUAUCACUUACAAAGUUCCACGGACCUAUUCCUGAUUCAGUGGGGAAUCUCACAUCCUUGGAAUUUUUGGACCUCCAAGACGGCGAGUUUACUGGAUCGGUCCCACCAACACUUGGAAACCUUGACCGCCUCUCUUACUUGGGCCUCGGUGCUAUCAACCUCAGCGGUACCGUUGACUUUGAUAAGUUUGCAAGGCUAAAGAAUCUUGAGUACCUUUAUCUUUCGGAGAACCUUAGCGUAAUGCUUCCAAACACUGGCAAUUGUUCCUUCCCGAAGCUCAAAUAUUUGACCCUGCGUGGCGUCAACUUGACUAGUACAUUCCCAUAUUUUUUGAGUUCUUCACCUGAGCUGAAAUGGCUGGACCUUUCUGAAAACAAGAUCAGUGGUCCAAUUCCUGAAUGGUUUGGGAGAGUGUGGAGCAACACGCUGUCAUACUUGGAUCUCUUUUAUAAUAAUUUCACCGGAGAGAUCCCAUUCUCAAUCUGCCAACUAACUCCACUAACAUAUCUAUCCCUCUCAAAUAACAGACUCAACGGCACCAUCCCGAGAUGCUUGGGAAAUUUAAGCAAUCUCUACUAUUUGCUAUUGGGUGACAAUCUGUUACAAGGUCCACUGCCGCGAUCUUUAGCAAAUGGUACGAGCUUGGGAAAUUCACAUGUUGAGUUGGUUGACUUAGCCAAUAACAAUUUUGACGGCCCACUUCCGAUUCCACCGCCCAGUGUUCAGUUCUAUUCUAUUGCAAACAAUAAGUUUAGUGGAGACAUUCUUCAUCAGCUCUGCAACGCCACUCUGCUAGACGUGGUGAACCUCUCCAAUAAUAGCUUCACCGGUUCCAUUCCUCACUGUUUAAUAAAUUUAAAUGCAUCAGCGUUGGACCUCCGAGCAAAUAAGCUUGCUGGUCAGAUACCAGAUAUAUUUUUCUCGGGGAACAACUUGAGGACGAUUCGGUUGAGUCAAAAUCGACUUGAAGGUACUGUGCCGCGAUCUUUGGCGAAUUGCAAGAAUUUGGAAGUUUUGGAUCUCGGUGAAAAUGAGUUGGAAGAUCGCUUCCCUUAUUGGUUGGACACACUUCCGAAUUUGCAAGUGCUCAACCUAGAUCCAACAAGCUGCGUGGUCCGAUUAACAGCUCUAGGAAGAAUAAUAACCCCUUUCAGAAGUUGCAUAUUUUUGACCUCUCUAACAAUAGGUUUUAUGGUAAUCUUCCGGCUAAGUACAUUGCCAACUUCAUAGCAAUGAAGGAUGAAUCAAGAAGCGUUUCACAAUACAUGUGGACAUAUGAAGAUGGGGCAAGCUAUCAAGAUUCCGUGACGGUGGUCAUGAAAGGAUCUACGAUUGAGUUGGAGAGAAUUCUGACCGCGUUUACGACCAUCGACUUAUCAGGGAACUUAUUCGGAGGAGAUAUCCUAGAGUUAAUAGGAGAUCUGAAGGCACUCAAGGGACUCAACCUUUCUCACAACAAUUUGACCGGCAACAUCCCUCCUUCCAUAGGGAAUCUGACUAAUCUUGAGUGGUUGGACCUCUCCUCGAACAAGCUGGAUGGGAGGAUCCCUAGAGGAUUGGCGGAUCUCACAAUGCUCGCCUGGUUGAAUCUCUCAGACAACCAGCUCGUGGGGCCAGCUCCUCGAAGCACGCAGUUCGAUACGUUCAGCCACUCCUUUGACGGGAAUCCUGGACUGUGUGGGCAUCCCCUGCCAAAAGCAUGUGGGACCGAUGACCAGCCAUGGCCUCCAACUUCCCCAGGAGAACGAGAAGAGGAGACUGGAUCCGGACAUUGGAUUGAAUGGAGGGCAGUGCCAAUGGGCUAUGGAUGCGGGCUUGCACUCGGGAUAUCAGCAUGGUUCAUUAUGUGGGAAACCCUGAGACCAAGAUGGUUGGUGAGAAUGAUUGAGAGGUUAAUAUAUAGAAUGACAAAGAGGAAAAUGAGAAAUGUUGCUCCGGGAAAUCGCUCGAGAAGGAACACCAGAGGCCAAUGAGAAGGGCGGAUAAGGUGAAUUAUGGUAUGUGGAGGCUUCCAUAUCAACAGAGUGAAAUCGCAAAAUUUAUUUUCCUGUAGCAUUUUCUUUCUCUUUGGUUUGAAGUAGAAUGGCACCAAUAAUGUAUGUUCUUGGCCGCUGUCUUAGUCAUGAUAUGUGAUAUCCCUUUUGUCAACAAUAUACUGAAAGUCUGAUUCCAAUCAAA